ACCGCGUCGUCUCAAGGUGACCCUGUGCUCGCCGUGCAAGUGCCCGACGCCGCGCCGCCGCACGUUAAUCGGUUCCUUUCACUUGUACACGAUCAAACGGUCUCGGAUAUACCGGUAUUCGUGUGAAUGCGGAUAUCGGCCGUGUCUUUGCCAGGUGGAAUUUAUGACAGCACCCUGUGGACGCCGACGCUACUUGUUCAUCAUCUGUUAUCUCGGUCGUCGCGACCAACAAGACGAAUCGAUAUGCGUCAAGCGAGAGACAUCAUCCGCGAAGAAUGCGAGGUCUUUCACCUCACGGAUAAACAGAUCAGGGAGAUAAUGAGCAGACUACACAACGAUCUGCUCAAAGGACUCGGCAAAGACAGUCACGCCACAUCCAUCGUCAAAUGCUGGAUAACAUAUAUACAGGAUUUACCAAAUGGCAAAGAACGAGGUAAAUUUUUGGCGUUAGAUUUAGGUGGUACAAAUUUUAGAGUUUUAAUAAUAAACCUUGGUGAGAAUCACUUUGAUAUGCAGUCGAAGAUUUACGCCAUACCCAACCACAUAAUGACCGGUACUGGUGUGGCGCUGUUUGAUCACAUCGCUGAAUGUCUGGCUAAUUUUAUGAAGGAACACAACGUGUACGAGGAGCGCCUAGCCCUGGGUUUCACAUUCAGCUUCCCGCUAAAGCAGCUUGGGCUGACUAAAGGAAUCCUCCAGCGCUGGACCAAAGGAUUCUCAUGCAGUGGUGUGGUCGGAGAAGACGUUGUUCAAGGCCUUAAAGAUGCUAUAGCGAGACGAGGGGAUCUUUCGUUGUCCGUGAUGGGCAUUCUUAACGAUGCAAGCGGGGCUCUUAUGUCGUGUGCGCAUAAGGACCCCUAUUGUCGCAUAGGAAUUAUAAUCGGUACCGGCAGUAACGCGUGUUAUGUUGAGAAAACGGAGAAUUGUGAGUUAUUUGACGGCGAGCCGGGCAAGUCGGAGCUGCUCAUCAACACGGAGUGGGGCGCCUUCGGUGACGACGGCUCGUUAGACUUCGUGCGUACGGAGUUCGACAGAGAGGUCGAUGUUAACUCCAUCAACCCUGGGAAACAAAUCCAAGAGAAGAUGAUAUCCGGCAUGUAUAUGGGCGAGCUGGUCCGUCUGGCGCUGGUGAAGUUCACACGCAUGGGUCUGCUGUUCGGAGGACAGGGCUCUGAGCUGCUGUUCGAGAGAGGCAGCUUCUAUACCAAAUAUGUCUCUGAGAUUGAAUCAGACAAGCUGGGAGACUACACCAGCUGUAUGGAAGUGCUUGAAGAACUGGGUCUGUCGCACGCGUCCGAGGCGGACAUGGCCGGCGUGCGGCACGUGUGCGAGAGCGUGUCGCGGCGCGCGGCGCACCUCGUGUCGGCCGGCAUCGCCACGCUGCUCAACAAGAUGGCGGAGCCGCGCGUCACCGUCGGCAUCGAUGGCUCCGUCUACCGUUUCCACCCGCACUUCCACACCCUCAUGUGCGAAAAGAUCUCGCACCUCGUCAGCCCCGGCAUACACUUCGACUUGAUGUUAUCAGAAGAUGGUAGUGGUCGUGGCGCUGCGCUGGUCGCCGCCGUCGCCUGCCGCCAGAGCCUCGGCGUCGCGUAACACUCUCACCACAUCUCACCACUCGCCCCCACUCGCAACCACUCGCCACACACGCCACCACCAUUAUACCACAAGAUAGCUCCAGCAAAGUACAUCGAUAUUAUAUUUCUUAUAUUUUUUAUGAAAUGCGCGUAAAUAUAGCUGUGAGAUAUCUUGCUAGUACAAAAUAUCUGACGCCUGAUAACUCUGAUAUUCAAUUCGCCUUAAACUUUAUAUAGAUAAUGGUAUAUUAAAUAGAAGUAUUUUUUUGUUGUGAUUCAUAGUUAAUAUGAAAUUAUUUAUUAGACAAAUUUCAUACAUUUAGAUAUUAAACGAAAAGAACCAUUUUUGUGUACAAAUGUUAUUCGUAAUUGGUCUUACAAUAUUCUAAAUGUUUUAAAAUCAACUUCAAUAGGCGUUAGAUUAUUUUAAAAAAUACUAGGGGAUAAGGUUUUUAAAUUUACCGUGCUUAUGUUAGGGUGACGAUAUGUUGGCUUAAGUUGGAUAAGUAAUGUUUUCAGUGAAUAGCGAGAGCUCACUGGCCCCAGAGCGUGUUACAAAAUUUUUUAGUAAGAUAUUAGUUAGUAACUUGUACUGUGUGCUCGUUUAGAUUUCUGUGAGACCGUCAAAUCAUUUGAUUACUGAAAUAUAAUUUUUAUUUUAAAAUUCAUAUAUCUGUUACUUAAAUAUUAUUAAUUUAUUCGUUUAUAUUUUUUUAAAGACCUUAAUACGUGACUUCAUAAAUACGAUUGCUUACUUAAUUGAAAUUUGUUAUUAAAAUACGUACUUUAAAAUCUUUUGUAUUAGUUGACAUCUUUUUUUUAAUUGUGUCAAUUUAAAAAUUUCGAUAUGCGUGAAAAUUCUUAUAUGUAAUUUGAUAAUACGUACUUACAUUUUGUUGCAUAAAAUUCUUGUAGUUAAAUCAACAAAGGCACUAGUAAUUUUAUUUUCAAUUUAUUAUCAGAAGACUGAUUUUGAAACAUAACUAAAACUUUCUCAGUUGAACCUCAGAAAGAAACAAGGUAUUUAAAAAAAAUCAGUUUGAACAUAAAUUUGAAAGUGUUUUCUGUUGAACCGAUCGGUCCAAUAGGAUUUAUUUCCCAUUGGACCAUAAGUUCAACGGGAAACACCAAACAUUUGCAUUGGAUGCACGCAGAAAAUCCCGGGAUAUUUUGUUUUCAGUGAAUAAUUAUUUUUAUUGUGUUGUAUUAUUUUAAGUUGCAGUUUAAAUGUCGUGAAGAAAUAUAGUAAUGUAGUUUAAAUUAGGAGAGUUAAAAGUACUUGAAAAUAAUACAAACAAUGAAAGUGAAACUUUUGAAUAGUUUUUAUUUAUAAUGGUGAUUUACACUUUUAUAUGAUAGUUAUUAUUUUCGAAAUGUUAUAUGUGCAGUUAAAUCCGACUUCGAUAUGAAGCAUUAUUGAAUUCUAAAUGUUUUAAAAUCGAUUUAAAAUUCAUAAAAAUAUCGAUUCAAGACAUGGUGUAAUAAAAUUUUGGUACAUUAGUUUCUAAGUCGGAUGUGAUAUGUUCACGACGUCAGCCACAAGUACCGGCAGCAAUACACGAGAAUCUCAGCCGCGGCGUCGUCGCCUGCCGAGUGCUCUCAUUAGUAUCAUUAUUUCGAUCAUUCCACGUAAGGAUCAUCAAAUAGCGAAUACAACUGUACGUAAUUAUUACAUUUUGAUUGUCAGGUUUCUAUUGUAAUUAAUUUUAAUCGUUAGUUGUAUUAAUUAUUGUAAACAAUUUAAUUAUCGACUUAUUUCCAACAAGUCUUAUAAUCUGAUUGGUUUUCUAGGAGACUUAAGUGUGUGUUUUAAUGUUUUUACUGUGAUAGAACUAGGACAUAUUGUAGAAUUGUUUAUGUUUUGGAUAUUUCUUUUUUUAAAAUUCGUUUCUGACGUAAAUCUUAAUUGUAUUCUGCCAUAAUCAUUCUUGAUAUAGAAAUAGUGAUAAUAUUAAUUUUAAAUUUUAAAAAUUGGCAAUUUAUUGGUUAUAUUUUAUAAAUCUUGUUAUAAUAGUUUUGCCCCAGCAUAUAAAUCGUAUAAAUAACAUCCAUCAUAGUUCCUAGUUAUAUAAAUAGGUGCAUUUUAUGUUAAGUAACAUGUAUUCAUAAUUCUAUGUUGUUCGGUAACGAACAGUGUUGCUUUUAAUAAUGCGGUGUUAUUUUGUGGAUACAUUACGGUUACAUUAUGUUCAAAUUUACUUAAUAAAAUUGUUGUGGUAAUUCAACAAAGUAAACUUCUAAGUUCAAUAACAAAAUUGUUGUAUCGAACUAAAAUAACUAAUUAUUUUAACACUGUAAUUUAUAUUAAAUUUGUAACAAUAGGUGGGAAUGGACAUUACGACUAAAGAAAAAUCUUUUCAUAUAUUCACUACUGUUGCAAAAUAAAAUUUUAAAGUAAUUAGAUAAAGUGUUUCAGAGGCUUGUAAUGUCUGUUCCUUACUUAAGUCAACAUCAUUCAAAUGUGGUACUUAUUCUAAAAUAUAUUUUUUGUAUGUACAAAUUGAAAUGUUUUAUCUUUUUGUUUUUGCUCAAAUUUUUACAAACA